AUGGCAGUCAAAGUGUUCAUCACAGGUACCACAGGCUACAUAGGUGGUGACACCUUGUAUGCACUGAACCAGAAAUACCCAGAAUGGGAAUACUGUGCCCUGAUCAGGACGCAGGAGAAGGCGAGCCAAGUUGAACAGCAGUAUCCCAAACUUCGCAUCGUCCUGGGUGAUCUGGACGACCCCGGCGUGCUCCGAGAGGAGAGUGCAAAAGCCGAUAUCGUCCUGCACACUGCAGAUGCAUCGGAUCACGAAGGUGCCGCUAAAGCCAUCGCGGCCGGUCUCGCUGAAGGACAUACGCCUGCCAACCCUGGAUUCUGGCUCCAUACUGGCGGGACCGGGAUCUUGACUUAUGAAGACUCCAAAAACAAUCUUUUGGGAGAGUGGUCGACCAAGGAAUAUAACGACCUCAGUGGAGUGGACGAGCUGACCCACCUUCCUGAUGAUGCGUUCCAUCGUAAGGUCGACAAGAUCGUACUUGAAGCGGGAAGCAAAUAUGCGGACAGAGUCAAGACGGCGCUUGUUUGCCCGCCCACCAUUUACGGCAAUGGCCGAGGUCCCAUCUCCAGGCGCUCUCGUCAGGUCUACGAACUGACCAAGCUCAUCUUGCAAAAGGGGUACACGCCUAUUGUAGGUUCAGGAAAAGCACGGUGGAAUCACAUCCACAUCUAUGACCUUGCCGCUGCGUUUAUCCUACUGGCUGAGGCGGCUGUCGCUAAGAAUAUGUCCGAUGAGAUCUGGGGCGCGAAGGGCUAUCAUCUGUGCGAGAACGGCGAACACAUCUGGGCCGACUUGGCCAAGAAGAUAUCGACCAUCGCAGCGGACAGAGGCUACAUUCCAGCCAACCCCGCGGAAAAACGACUCAAUAAAGACGAGGCUCUCGAGGUAGCAGGCUUCGAGGCAGUGAGCUGGGGCUGGAAUUCGCGAGGAAAGGCCGAACGAUUGAGGAAGUUUCUGGCUUGGGAGCCCAAGGAGAAGAGCAUCGAGGAGGAGGCCGAUCGCAUAGUUGAGGCGGAGAGAUCGAGAUUGCAGGGUAAAAUGCUAUUAUCCUGA